UCCCCGCGCUCCUCUGUCGCUCUCGCCGCAACCCAGAACUCACCCGCCGGCCCGCGCUCGCCCCCGCCAUGCCGAACAUCGUGCUGUUCAGCGGCAGCUCCCACCACGACCUGUCCCAGCGGGUGGCGGACCGGCUCGGGCUGGAUCUGGGCAAGGUGGUCACCAAGAAAUUCAGCAACCAGGAGACCAGUGUAGAGAUUGGUGAAAGUGUGAGAGGGGAAGAUGUAUAUAUUAUCCAGAGUGGCUGUGGAGAAAUAAAUGACAACUUAAUGGAACUACUCAUCAUGAUCAAUGCUUGCAAGAUUGCAUCAUCCUCCAGAGUGACUGCUGUAAUUCCAUGUUUUCCAUAUGCCAGGCAAGAUAAGAAAGACAAGAAGGGGUCCGUGGAGCGUUGGAGUCGUGCACCAAUCUCUGCAAAACUUGUUGCCAACAUGUUGUCAGUUGCAGGGGCUGACCACAUCAUCACCAUGGACUUGCACGCUUCUCAGAUCCAGGGUUUCUUUGACAUUCCAGUAGAUAACCUGUAUGCAGAACCUGCAGUGCUGCAGUGGAUUAAAGAGAACAUUCCUGAGUGGAGAAAUUGUAUCAUAGUCUCACCUGAUGCAGGUGGUGCAAAAAGGGUUACUUCAAUUGCUGAUAGACUGAAUGUGGAAUUUGCUCUCAUUCAUAAGGAAAGAAAGAAGGCAAAUGAAGUGGACAGAAUGGUCUUGGUUGGUGACGUGAAAGAUAGAGUAGCAAUUCUUGUCGAUGAUAUGGCUGACACAUGUGGCACAAUAUGUCAUGCAGCAGAGAAGUUGGUGUCUGCUGGAGCUACUAAAGUUUAUGCCAUUCUCACUCAUGGCAUCUUUUCUGGUCCUGCCCUCUCUCGGAUUAAUAAUGCUUCGUUUGAGGCUGUUGUGGUAACCAAUACAAUCCCCCAAGAGGAGAAAAUGAAACACUGCCCAAAAAUACAGUUUAUUGACAUUUCCAUGAUCCUGGCAGAGGCAAUUCGAAGAACACACAAUGGUGAAUCUGUGUCCUACCUGUUCAGUCAUGUGCCCUUGUAACUGUAGGAGAUUACACUGCAUCUUUGCAAAGGUCCCUUAAGCUAGCACUGUUUUUGAUGAUGGACAUCAACCACAAGAAAUGAGUAUCUUUGUACAAUUCCAAAGCUUGUAUGUUUAAUUAUUAUAUUUGUCUUGAAAUCACCACUUGUUUGUUAUAAAUGGGCAAUAAAUCUCCAUCUUGAAGCAACCUUAUGAAUUGCCUCAAGAGUCUGAAA